GUCACAAGUCAACAGGCGACCACGGACGCCGCCGAACUUCUUCCAGCUUAUUACAACUGUGGGGAAAAAAAGGGGUAAAAGAACUCUCCGGGGAGAGGAACGGAUCUAAAGGCCGUGGACUUUGGUUCUUAAAUCUAAUAAACGCCCAUCUCGUCUCUCCCGCACGCGUCGUUGGAGCCCUAAGAAGGAUUGUUCUCUCUCUUGCAGAUCGUUUGAAGGAGAUAAGAGGGAUUGCUGCGAGGUGGUGAUGCUACGGCCAUGGCGGAUACUCGGAGAUCAGCCUUCGUGAUUAGGAUCUUCUCAGGUUUAAUAUCUAAUACUGCAGCAUUGUGUUGGAGGUAGAAAAAAGAAGAAUGAGGAUCAGAAACAAACACCGGAAAUCAUCUGCUUUCCAUUGCAAUGCAGGAAGCAGAUGGUCGUAUUUAGCUAUUUGGAGCUUGACGGGAUUCAUUCUCAUUGUAUAUUUCUAUGCCCAUAUACACCAAAAUGACAAGCAGGACAUUCUUGUGCACUUGAAUCAUCUUGUUGAUACUAGAGAAAUGGAGAAAGUAGAAAGAGAGGAGUUUCAUUUUUCACCUCCAAAAGAUCGGCGAUCUCCUCGUGCUGUAAAGAGAAAGGGACCGAGAAAACCGAGUACAAUAAUUCGUGAAUUUUUAGAUGCAUCUUCUCAAGUGCAUUCCUUUUUCUUCCCUAGCAAAAAGACUGCAAUAAGCCUAAUUAAAGAAGGGAAUGAAAGCAUGCAUUUCUAUCCGGGUCUACUGUGGCUUGACACAGAUGGUAACCCAAUUCAAGCUCACGGUGGAGGACUUCUGUAUGAUGAUAAUACAGAGACAUACUACUGGUACGGAGAGAACAAAGAUGGCCGGACAUAUCAUGCUCACCAGAAGUCAGCUGCACGGGUUGAUAUUAUUGGAGUCAACUGCUAUUCGUCAAAAGACUUGUGGACAUGGACCAACGAAGGGAUUGUUCUACCAGGAGAGGAAACCAAUGUCUCCCAUGAUCUUCACAAGUUUAAUGUCCUUGAGCGCCCUAAAGUUAUCUACAAUGGUAAAACUGAUAAGUAUGUCAUGUGGAUGCACGUCGACGAUGUCAAUUACACUAAAGCCUCAGUUGGGGUGGCUGUCAGUGACUCUGCUAGAGGACCUUUUACAUAUCUGUAUAGCAUGCGACCUCAUAGCUGUGACAGUAGGGAUAUGACCAUCUUCAAAGACGACAAUGGAGAGGCGUACAUCAUCUACUCUUCCAACGACAACAGUGAGCUCCAUGUUGGUCCCUUAACAGAUGACUACCUCAAUGUGGCUGGAUUCAUGAGGCGAAUUUUGGUUGGACGACAUCGAGAGGCUCCUACCUUGUUCAAGCACCAAGGAAUCUACUAUAUGAUCACUUCUGGUUGUUCGGGGUGGGCUCCGAACAAGGCACUAGCACACGCAGCUGAGUCGAUCAUGGGCCCGUGGGAGACGAUGGGAAGUCCUUGUGUUGGAGGGAACAGAGUCCUACGGUCGACAACAUUUUUUGCACAGGGCACCUUUGUACUACCUUUGCGAGGUUUGCCUGGUACAUUCAUUUUUAUGGCAGACCGAUGGAACCCUUCUGAGCUUAAAGAUUCAAGGUACGUAUGGUUGCCUCUAACCAUCGGAGGAUUGGCUGAUGAACCCUUAGACUACAAUUUUGGGUUUCCUCAUUGGCCGAAGGUGUCGAUAUAUUGGCACAGACGAUGGCGAUUGCCAGAAGGUUGGAGAAAUGAGGAAAGAUGAUUCAUCUCCUAAUGCUAGUUGUAAGAAUUUGAUUACUUCAUUGCUAAUGUGUAUAUAAAUGUUUCUUAAAUUGUUAGCACAUUUUUUAUUUAUUUCGAUCAGGGAGAUUUUAAUCUA